AAUGACCAAAUGAUAACACACUCUUUCUCUCUCUACUAUCUGCCGCUAAUCUCAUUCCUAAUCUCUUCAUUUUUCUAGAUCUCUACUACAUUCAUCACCAUGGCCAAAAUCAAGAUCGGAAUCAAUGGAUUUGGAAGGAUCGGGCGUUUGGUUGCUAGAGUUGCGCUGCAGAGUGAUGAUAUUGAACUCGUCGCCGUCAACGACCCAUUUAUUACCACCGAUUACAUGACAUACAUGUUCAAAUACGACAGUGUUCACGGUCAGUGGAAACAUAACGAGCUUACGGUUAAGGAUUCAAAGACCCUUCUCUUCGGUGAGAAGCCUGUGGCUGUAUUUGGUGUGAGGAACCCAGAGGAGAUCCCAUGGGGCGAGGCUGGUGCUGAGUUUGUUGUGGAGUCCACAGGGGUUUUCACUGACAAGGCUAAGGCUUCUGCACACAUUAAGGGAGGGGCGAAAAAGGUUGUAAUUUCUGCCCCAAGUGCGGAUGCCCCUAUGUUCGUUGUGGGUGUCAACGAGAAGGAGUACAAGAAAGACCUUGACAUUGUUUCAAAUGCUAGUUGCACUACCAACUGUCUUGCCCCAUUGGCUAAGGUUCUCAAUGACAGGUUCGGUAUCGUUGAGGGUUUGAUGACCACUGUCCAUGCCAUGACAGCAACACAGAAGACUGUUGAUGGUCCGUCGAUGAAGGACUGGAGAGGUGGAAGAGCUGCUUCAUUCAAUAUCAUUCCCAGCAGCACUGGAGCUGCAAAGGCUGUUGGAAAGGUACUUCCCGCACUAAACGGAAAGCUUACUGGUAUGGCUUUCCGUGUUCCAACUGCUGAUGUUUCAGUGGUCGACCUAACUGUCAGGCUUUCAAAGGCAGCUUCUUAUGAUGAAAUUAAAGCUGCUAUCAAGGAGGAGUCCGAGACUAGCAUGAAGGGAAUCCUAGGAUACACUGAAGAUGAUGUUGUAUCAACUGACUUUGUCGGUGAUUGCAGGUCAAGCAUAUUCGAUGCCAAGGCUGGAAUUGCUCUUAAUGGCAACUUUGUUAAGGUUGUCUCGUGGUACGAUAACGAAUGGGGUUACAGUAACCGUGUGAUUGACUUGAUCCGACACAUGGCAUCUGUUGCAUAAGCUGCUGCUUCUGCUUGAAAGAAAUUUACUUCUUUCACUUGUUGAUUAUCCUCGUUGAGGUAGUUUUGGAAUAAAUGAGCUGAUGAACUUCUGCGGACUUAGUUUUUCUUUCUUUUCUUUUGUGCGAGAAUUUUAUUCGGUAAUGAUGUAGAACAGAGUUUAUAUCUCUGGUUUUGUGUUUUCAUUUUCUUCUGUUUAAUAAAAUUAUGUUUCUCAGCACAUAUCAUUUACCAGUAGUUGAGGAAAGGUUUCCAUGUGAUUUAAUGA